CAGAUGGUUUUUCUAGUUUUCGUCAAAUUUUCCCCGAGUGGUGUGAGGAUGAUAGCGCACAAAAUAAAGAAAUGGAAUCUAGUCACAGCACACAGGCGGACCAAUUAAUGGGACUCAGAUCUCUGCGAAUAUCGACGCCACAUUCAGAUUCUGCCUGCAGUAGUUCCGCUGAAUCUUCCGAUUGUGAGAGCACCACACAUCACAAUAUCAAUGAGGCACCUGUGGAGAUCAUUCCAGGCUUAUUUCUCGGCAAUGAAUCGCAUAGUUGUGAUUCACGCGCAUUACAAAAGUACAAUAUAAAGUAUGUUUUAAACGUCACACCGGAUCUCCCCAAUGUCUUCGAGUCUUCAGGCGAUAUACAGUAUUUACAAAUUCCUAUCACUGAUCACUAUUCCCAAGAUCUGGCCAUGCAUUUUCCAGAUGCUAUACGAUUCAUAGAGGAGGCGCGCUCCAAGAACUCGGCCGUGCUGGUGCACUGCCUGGCUGGUGUGUCCCGCUCUGUCACAGUGACGCUCGCCUAUCUGAUGCAGACGCGCACACUCAGUCUCAAUGACGCAUUCACGUUGGUGCGCGAUCGCAAACCGGACGUAGCACCUAAUUUCCAUUUCAUGGAACAAUUGCAUUCAUUCGAGCGCAAAUUGCGUCCGGCCGGUGGCGAUAGCAGCAAUAGUGGCGACAAUGAGUGCACUGCCAUGGAUGAGAGUGGUGGCGGUGGUGGCGGCAAUGGUGGUAACGGCGUGCCCUCUUGUACCUCCAACACAAGUUUAGGCAACACUUUGAUGGCCGGACGUUGUGGCGGCGAUAUGGGUUCGAAAUUUACAUGCAAUUGCAUCGCAACGGAUUGCAAGUGCAUGCAAACUGGCGGUUAUAUGGCGCAACUGGCGAAAGCGGCAACCGGUGUGUCUCCCGAUUCGGGUAUUGAAUUCGAUCGAUGGACGCCCUCAAGCGAUACGGGACUUAAAUGAGAUCAACUUGUGGGAAAAAGUUUCGUGUUGCCGCCGAGUAUUGUGGAGCCGCCAGUGGCACACAACGCCGACAAUGUGUCACCAGCUUCGACUACCUCCUCGUCGACAUCGACGACAACAACGGCCGAGGCAGUUUCGGUGGUCGAAGUGGUGCCCAACGCCGAUGAACGAUAAGAAGUGUGUGUUGAGUGGAAAGGGCGGGGCGUGGAAACGUGGAGCGGACGGUUUAAUAAAAAGUUGGCGUUGUGUGUAUUGCAGGCACGCGAAACUUUUUUCCUACAGGUCUGGUGGUGGCGAAAAUUGCAACUGCAACUGCAAAGGUGUAGCACAAAUAUUUAGAAAGAAUGCGGCAUAAAAUAUCACAAAAGCAGCAACAAAAAGAAAUUUUAAUUAUAAGGCCAAAAUAAGCGUGUCAUUUGAACAAGCUGUGACAGAAUUUGUUGAUUGCUAAAAGAAAUUGUUUUAUAAAAAAAAAAUAGACUAAAUAAUAAAUUUGUAUCUUUUUGUAAUUAAAUUUUAAAAUUAUUUGCUUCCUUCUUACAAUCCGUAUGACUUUUUCCAAUUGAAGAAUCAUGGAUUGUUUUAACCCUUAUGCGAUAGAGAAAAUAGCGUUAGUAAGGCUAUUUUGCGUUCAGGAGUAUAUAUAUAUGUAUGUAUUUAUAAAAUACUUAGGUAAUACACAAAAUAAAACAAGAUUAAAAAUAACGAAAAAUAAUACAAAUUUAUUAAGCAUAAAUAUUGCAACAAAUGAAGAAGAAUAUGUAAAAAAAACCCAAUGAAACAACUCUGUACCAAAAGCAAAACAAACAAACAAAAUUACAUACAUACUUACAUAUGUAAAAUCUUUUUUAAUGAAAUGAACUGUAACAAACCCCACAACCUAACAUAUUGUAAGCCAACCAAUUGUACAUGGAUUAUUCUAAGUUAUGUAUGGAUGUAUGCAAAAGCAAGCUCUUAACUCUAGUUAUUAUUAGCAAUUAGAUACACGAAGUACUACAUACACAUAUAUACAUACAUAUACAUGCCUACGUACAUAUUACCGUAAAACAUAAACAAACAAUGUUUUAAGUCGAGGCACAAAAACAUAUACAUACAUACAUGCAUACCAAUAUUCCCACACAAACAUGUACCCACACACAAGCAUCACAUACCAAUAUUCAUAGCAAACAAUUAUAACUGUACAAGUAUAUUAAGUGAAUUACAUAUUUACAUAUUGUGAAGUGUAAUUUUUGUUUUCAGUAAGCAAUUCAAAAUUAACGCAAUUAAGUCAAGGCACAAGAAAAUACUAAACCAUAGAUUUAGUUCAACCUGUAAGCAAUGAAGUGAACUAAUUACUUAUUAAUUAAUGCAUAACAAUUCAAGUAAACCAUUUAUAUUAAGUACUGUUGAGUAAUAAAAGUUCUUUUUGAAAGAAAAUGCAAACUAUUUG